AUGGCAUCAAGUUGUGCGUAUGGAAACCAGGCCAAUCAUGCCUCAACCCAAAUCAAUGGCAGCAUCAGAAACAGACACCGCACAAAAACGAGGAUCAAGAAUCUUUACUUGAGCGGUGUCGGAGCCACCCCUACUGAGAACCCACCGGCGUCACGCCCAGUUACGGACAACUUCAACUUUGGAUCAAUCCAGACCCUUGAGGAGGACCACGACGGUCAUGGCGGAUCUAAACCCAUACCCAAACUGUUGCCGACCAUCAACAAGGACGACAUCGAGUACAUCAGCGGCGUGGGUAUCAGGAUAGAGCAGAAGUAUAGGCUCUUGUUGGGUCGAACUGCCAGCGUGAAGGCAAACUCUUUCAAAAGACUGAGAGACAAGGCAGAGUCCCAAAAAGGACGCAUCGACAUUCAGGUCAUGGUCAUGAAGCAAUGGGAUUCAUCGCUUCUUGUAUCGCAAGACACAGUACCUGACUACGAAAGGAGCCAAAGAAUCGAUCAGCUCAAGAGAAGGCUCCAAGAAAUCCAUGACAAACUCAACGAUGCCGUCAAUGAGCUGCCGCGGAUUUCGAAACGAGGCCAAAGCCCCACGGGAGAAGCUCGCAUCAAGAGUUCCAAGAUCUCCAAAAGUUCCAAGGGCCCCAAGAGCCCUGUGGUGACGAAGCGCGCUCAAGUCUUCAAUAACCUCACGGAGCUUUUUCACAGUAUUGAGCUCGAUAUUGUUGCUAUUGAGAGUCAUGUCUAUCAUCUAUCGGCCUGUCCCUCCCCAUUUGAAUCAACACAGGGCUUUGGUACGCUAUUCGUCUCCAGCUCGGCCACUCGGACACUGUAUCGCCACUUGUGUCAGGCCUGCCCUCUGAACAGCCGUGAACAAGGACACUGCCACACGGCUCUCGUUGGCCUUGUGCCGGAAAGAGAGCCAGACCGCAUUGAUCCAGAUGCCAUCUCCAUCACCACCCAUCACGUCGCCAUCGAGUCAACAUUUCGCAAAGGAGACUACAUCUGGUUCGAGGCUCACUCUGUUCUCCGCCUCCCAGGAGGCGAAAGUGAAGCUGUGUGCUCCGAGCCCUCGUCGUCUCUGGCGGUGGUCGUUGACGGGUUGCGAGAACGAGAAAGGUUGCGCAGGGAUUCCGGAUACUCAUCUGCCUCUAAUUCCUGGCCCAGAGAACAAGUCCAGCUGAGUAGGGAAUCUUAUCACAUCAAGGUGUGCCCAGGAAGCCUCGAUCAAGGCGGUGAAGGCCUGGCCAUGUGCAUCGGAGAGAAUGAGGACAGCGGCUGCCACGAAAUGUUGUAUCUCGAUAAGAGCAAAAGGCCCGACACCAGCUGCAGGCCUCUCAAUCUCUACGACAUUCUCCAACAGGGAGAGGAGAGACGGCAUCAACGCCAACCCCAUCUUUUCGAGCGCAGUCACAAGCUCAAAGAAGAUCGGUUCAAGCUGGCAUUCAAGAUCGCCGAGGCGGCUCUUCGUUACGGAUGGAGAGAAUGGCUUGGGGACGCGUGGGGCAUCCAAGACAUCAAAUUCUACCCUUACGAAUCUGAAAGGAUGCCAUUUCUUCGUGCCAAGAUCUUCAAACAUGGCUGUGGCAAGCUGGAAAGGUUCAUGUUCAACCUCGGUUUUGUCCUCCUGCAAGUCGGACUCUGGGAGCGGCUCAUGUUCAGCAAGGAUCUAGAGAGUCAGUUGAGUCGCCUCAAAAUUGGCACAACGACUGAGUUCCAAGAAGCCGUGCGCUACUGCGUCGAGUUUUCGAAAUAUGGUGACUGCCAUGGGGACGACAAUGAUUUCCAGCAGGCGUUCUACCAAAAGGUAAUUAGCCCGCUUAGGAAGAUGGCCAAGGGGACAGAUGACGACGAGAGUGAGGUAUCUGGAAAGUCGGGACACUCAACUGAUACUGAUAUGAGUUCUUGA